GUUUUUUGUUUUGUUUUUUUUUUUAAUUUUUAGGUUAGGAAUUAUAUUUUUGUAUAUUAUUUUUCCAAGUCAUUCCCUCUGCACCCCUCUAGAUGACUUGUCAAAGUUUGUUGAUAUUUUUGUAGCUGGCCUUUGUGUCUGUAUUUUAUUUAUAUAUAAGUAUUGAAGAGUUAUUGAAAAAUAUUUUUGUCACAUCAAUCAACGUUAACACAGUGUGAUAAAAAGACAAAAAAAAAAAAAAGUUAAAAUUAAGAAUUUCAGUCAUGAUAAUUGUUGAAACUUGAAGCUUAUUUCUAUAUUAAAUAACCAGCAAGUGUGACAAUCAAAGUAAAAAAAUAAUUAUUAAAAAUUAUUUAACAUUUUUUGUUGAUUAUAAAUAUUAUUUAAAAAAUGGGACAACAUGUAUCACGUAAUGAUUUUGAAUGGGUCUACACCGAAGAGCCACAUGCCUCACGUCGUAAAUUAAUUUUAGAAAAAUAUCCACAAAUUAAAAAGCUAUUUGGUCAUGAUCAAAAUUUAAAAUGGAUUAUUUUGGCAAUGGUGUUUGUCCAGCUUGCAUCAAUGUUCAUUGUAAAAAAUUUAAAUUAUCCAGAACUUAUUAUUCUUGCAUAUUGUUUUGGUGGUGUUAUUAAUCAUUCACUAACUCUGGCUGUUCAUGAGACUUCACAUAAUCUUGCAUUUGGACAUGCUCGACCACUGGCAAAUAGAUUGAUUGGAAUAUUUGCAAAUUUACCAGUUGGUGUACCAAUGGCAGUUAGUUUUAAAAAGUAUCAUCUGGAACAUCACAGAUAUCAAGGUGAUGAAUAUCUUGAUACAGAUAUUCCAACAUACAUAGAAGCAAAAUUAUUUUGUACAACAUUUGGAAAAUUUUGUUGGGUUCUUUUGCAACCAUUUUUUUAUGCUUUUAGACCAUUAAUUGUUUAUCCAAAAACACCAACAACUUGGGAAUAUAUUAAUCUUGUUGUUCAAAUAAUUUUCAAUGGAUUUGUUUGGUAUUUUUUUGGAGGUAAAGUUGUAUUUUAUUUUUUAAUUGGAACCUUAUUGGCACUUGGUCUUCAUCCAGUUGCUGGGCAUUUUAUAUCUGAGCAUUACAUGUUCAAUAAAGGAUAUGAAACUUAUAGUUAUUAUGGAUCAUUGAAUUUUAUAACAUUCAAUGUUGGCUAUCACAAUGAACAUCAUGAUUUUCCAGCAGUUCCAGGCUCUAGACUUCCAGAGGUCAGACGCAUAGCAGCUGAAUUUUAUGAUAAUCUUCCUCAUCAUGAUUCAUGGACAUCAGUACUUUAUGAUUUUAUAAUGGAUCCGGAUGUCGGUCCUUAUAGUAGAAUCAAACGUAAACAUCGUGGACUUGAAUCUUAAACAGUUUUUUUUUUUUUUUAAAGCUUCUCUAUUUGUAUUAAAUUAUUUUUUCAAUAUUUUUUUUUUAGUCAUUGCUCAGGAGAUUAUUGAAGAAAAAAAUUAACAGAUGCUAGUUGAACAAAUUUUUAUUUAAAAAAUGUUUUUAUAUAUAUUUAAAAAAUAAUGUGACCAAAAUACAAGCAAACAAAUACUCAUCUUCCAAUUUAUAACAUAGUUAUAAACAACAGACUUAAUAAUAUUCCAAAAGUAUGACUUUUUACAUUUAAUAAUUACUUAAUUAUACAAAUAUAUUUGUGAUGAAAAUAGUAACAUUACCAUUUCAAGAUUAUCUUACUAAGUCAAUGAUAUUAGAACCACAAAUUUAUAAUUUAAUUUUUUUUCUUUGAGAUUUUAUUUAUAGUGUGCAAGUGUUUGAAUUUGUGAUAUAUGUAAUAUAUAAUUGUGAACAAUGUACAAUUAAUUUUUAAGCAUCAAAAAUGAUAUUUUUAUCUGUAUUUAUUAUUAAUACUGUAAUUAAUUUACAAACAAAAUAUGACCAAUGUAAUUCUUUACUAGAAAAAAAUUAAAAACAGAUAAAAAAAA